GGCCGUUGAUGGAUUUAACCAAUGAUGAAAUUCUAACAGAAUGUUCGCUCUCUCGCGCUAGUGCUCGUUCGCUCUCCUCUCUCAAGCCCUAAUUAGUAGCUUUUGCCACUAUCCUUGCAUCCAAUUCUUCCCGAUCCGCUUCUUCUUGUAUCAAUUAGGGAUUUAAUUACCAAUUUCUCUCAUAAGUCGCAACAGGAGAUUAAUAUUUUGACACUCCACUCAAAAUCGGUUUGUUCGUUGAAGUCGGGAAUUGGUGGAGUACCGAAAAGAAAACGGAAAGAGAAGGGAGAGCUCUUUCAUUGACUGAUUGUUGAUUGAUGGAGGGGAAUUCUGGCGGUGGCGGUGGCGGUGGCGGAGGGAAUGACGUGGAGUUGCUGUGCAAAACUUUGCAGGUGGAACACAAGCUAUUCUACUUCGACCUGAAGGAGAAUCCCCGUGGACGAUACCUUAAGAUCUCCGAGAAGACUUCAGCCACCAGGUCCACCAUCAUAGUCCCCUCCAACGGCAUCUCCUGGUUCCUUGAUCUCUUCAAUUACUAUGCCAAUUCCGAUGACCCAGAAGUUUUUAGCAAAGAACUUCAGCUCGACACUAAGGUUUUUUAUUUUGACGUUGGAGAGAAUAGAAGGGGACGCUUUCUCAAGGUAUCUGAAGCAUCUGUUAGCAGAAACCGCAGUACAAUCAUUAUCCCUGCAGGAAGUGCCCGAGAUGAAGGAUGGGCUGCAUUUAGGAAUAUUUUGGCAGAAAUAAAUGAAGCAUCAAGGCUUUUCGUUCUGCCUAAUCAGCAAAACUCGGAACCAUCAGAACACCUUGUUGGACUUUCAGAUGAUGUUGGGGUGGGCUUUAUAUCCAGUCACAGUUCUCAACCUAUUCCAGCAACUGACUUGAAUGUGGAUCGGUCUGCCGAUUUACCACCACCAGAAGAAAUCAAUAACAUGGGAGUCUCCAAAGUGAUACGGGCUGAUCAAAAGAGAUUUUUCUUCGACCUUGGGAGCAACAACAGAGGCCAUUUCUUGAGAAUAUCAGAGGUCGCAGGUUCAGAUCGCUCCUCCAUCAUUCUCCCAAUGUCAGGAUUGAAGCAGUUUUAUGAAAUGGUGGGUCAUUUUGUGGAGAUCACAAAAGAUCGAAUUGAAGGGAUGACUGGUGCAAACGUUCGGACUGUGGAACCCCCUCAGAGAUGAAUCUGGAUGACACAUUUGUUGGGUAAUAAACACAGCCGUUGGGUCCGAAAUAUAUAAUGCGAUGUGUUGCAGUUGAUUGGGAUGGAGUUGCAAGCUUGAUGUGUCAGUGUUUCGCCUUAUUUGUGUUUCGAUUGACUCUUAAUAAGUUUGAUUUCUCUUUCAAAUUCAAGUAAUCGUGUACUGUUAGCACGCUCGAUUUUUAUAUACGAAUAACUCAUAAAUAAACCAAUACGCAAUGUUUAAGCGAACGUUUGAUUUCCUCUUCUGAAAUUCCAGGUGUGUGCUCUGCUGCUAUAUAUACUGCCGGAAAAUUGUCCAACUGUAUUUUUGGGCUGUCUGUUCUAUUGAGUGGAUGCUGAACUUCGAUUAAUGAAUGAGAUUUGCAGGCUUUGAUGAAUA